AUUUUUUUUUAAUUGGUAGAACUCUGUGCGGCUACAUUUUAAAAAAAAUUGUAUCCACAAAAAUGAGCCACGGAUAGAGGCAGCCAUAUCCAAGGGUGUGGAUACCUGUGGACAUAAAGUGAAUAUCUGUGGGUUUGCAGGGCUCUAUUUAUUGGUUAUCAGCUUUCAUCAACUCUGUUUAAAAUCAAACUCUUCCUUUGAUAGCAUGUAUAUCCACAUUAUAAUGACACUAGCAACCACCAGAAAGAUGAACGAUCCCAUAAGAGUUACAGAUAUUCUACAAACUUUCACAUUAAGUGAUGUGUGCAGCUGAACCACAAAAGGAACUGAUUUUCCCAGGCUGAAUGUAUUUGUGAAGAGGAAAUCUGAAAAGGAGUGUUCAUUGCUAAAUGUAAUUUGAAAAAAAUACUGGAAUUCUUGUAAAGAGCUUUGAUACACUCUCGGGAAUAGCUGCUAUUGCUACUUCUGCUUCUAGUAUAGUUCUUAAUUAUUAUAUUAGUCAAGUCCGUGUUCUUCUAGUGCACAGCCUCUGACUUACAAAACCAUCAGAGUGUAGAACAAUCCUGCAGACAAAUUGGAGCAGAGAACUGUGUUGUUACUCCAAACAAAUCACCUAAGAAGAGUAGACUCCUGAAGUUUAUAGAGGAAAAAACUCCUGUAGAUCAGAGAGUACUUACUGAGACUGGGUUAUUUUGCAGAAAGUGGCAUUUUUUGGAACUUUUCCCGCUGGCCAUGUCCUCCAUCCUGGGAAAGAUGAAGAAACUUGGCAGUUCGGAUGUGGAGGACUCUGAAGUCAUGGAUGAGCACACAGAUGGCGAGGAUUCCAUUCUGGGAACCCCUGACAGUCUGCAUAGCAUCCAGAGCAUGAAGGUCCAGCAGCUGCCCAAAAGCAACAUCUUCGCGAGACGAGGCCGCUUUGGGAUGGGGGACAGCGAUAAGAACAUGGCGCCAAUGGACUCCUUGUACCAGAUGGAACUGAUGUCUGCUCCCGUCAUCAAGUUUAAUAUCAAUGUGGAAAGGGCAAAAUUACACAGUCAAUUUGCCAAGCUCCUAUCUACCAAUUCUAUUGCAAGCUGCUCAGAAAAAGCUUUCAAAUUCUACGAUCGCAGAAGGAUCUUUGAUGCUGUAGCCCAAGGUGACACAAGUGAUUUGGAUGACCUGCUGAUCUAUCUCCAUGAGACCCUGAAGCAUCUCACAGACAAUGAAUUCAAAGAGCCAGAAACUGGGAAAACCUGCUUAUUGAAAGCCAUGCUGAAUCUGCAUGAUGGGAAGAAUGACACCAUUCCCCUGCUUCUGGAAAUUGCGGAGAAAACAGGCAAUCUGAAAGAGUUAAUUAAUGCAGAAUAUACCGACAACUACUACAAGGGUCAGACUGCUCUCCACAUUGCCAUCGAGAGGAGGAAUAUGUACUUGGUGAAGCUCUUGGUCCAAAAUGGAGCAGAUGUUCAUGCACGAGCCCACGGGGAGUUCUUCCGGAAAAUCAAAGGGAAGCCUGGCUUUUAUUUUGGUGAACUCCCGCUUUCCUUGGCUGCCUGCACCAACCAGCUAGCCAUUGUGAAAUUCCUCCUGGAGAAUCCGUAUCAUCCAGCCAAUAUAGCUGCCCAGGACUCCAUGGGCAAUAUAGCUCUGCACGCCUUGGUAGAGAUUGCAGAUAACACCAAAGAUAACACCAAAUUUGUAACCAAGAUGUACAACAACAUUUUGAUACUUGGUGCCAAAAUUAACCCAAUGCUGAAGCUGGAAGAGAUCACUAACAAGAAGGGAUUGACUCCUUUAACCCUGGCUGCAAAGAAAGGGAAGAUAGGGAUUUUCGCCUACAUCCUUAGACGAGAGAUCAAAGAGCCUGAGUGUAGGCAUCUGUCGAGAAAGUUCACUGAAUGGGCCUAUGGCCCCGUCCACUCAUCUCUUUAUGACCUGUCCUCCAUCGACACCUGUGAGAGAAACUCAGUGCUUGAGAUCAUCGCAUAUAGCAGCAAAACACCAAAUCGCCAUGAGAUGCUGCUGGUGGAGCCCCUGAACAGGCUGCUGCAGGACAAGUGGGACCGAUUCGUCAAACGCCUGUUUUAUUUCAACUUCUUUGUUUAUACCAUGCACAUUGUCAUACUCACCCUGGCCGCCUACUUCAGACCAGUGGAGAAAGAUAAAAAGCCUCCCUUCAGAUUUGAAUACACAACCGGGGAGUAUUUCCGAGUCAUCGGAGAGAUCCUGAGUGUGCUGGGAGGUGUCUAUUUCUUUUGCAGAGGGAUCCAAUAUUUCCUGCAGAGGCGGCCGUCCUUAAAGACUCUGCUAGCUGACAGUUACAGUGAGGUUCUUUUGUAAGCUUCUCAGCAACUUCUUCUUUGUCCACUCCCUGUUCACUUCUGUGGCCAGGAGCUCUACGUGGCAUUCAUGGUGUUUUCCUUGGCACUGGGCUGGGCUAACAUGCUGUACUACACCCGAGGCUUCCAGCAGAUGGGAAUUUACUCUGUCAUGAUUGAGAAGAUGAUCCUGAGGGAUUUAUGUCGCUUCAUGUUUGUCUACCUAGUAUUUCUCUUUGGAUUUUCCACAGCUGUGGUGACUCUGAUUGAAGAUGACAAUGAGGGACAAGAAAAUGAGACUUCUCCCUGCUCCCGAGGAAGCCAGGUGAAGCGUGGCUGCUUGUCGUACAAUAAUCUGUAUUACACCUGCCUGGAGCUGUUCAAGUUCACCAUCGGCAUGGGAGAUCUAGAGUUCACUGAAAACUACAGGUUCAAGUCUGUCUUCGUCAUCUUGUUGGUCCUCUAUGUCAUCCUCACCUACAUUCUGCUGCUCAACAUGCUGAUUGCGCUGAUGGGGGAAACUGUGAACAAGAUCGCACAAGAGAGCAAGAGCAUCUGGAAGCUCCAGCGAGCCAUUACCAUCUUGAAUAUCGAAAAUAGCUACCUGAACUGCAUGAUAAGCUCAUUCCGAUCUGGGAAGCGAGUCUUAGUGGGAACCACACCUGAUGACAAGGAUGACUAUAGAUGGUGUUUCAGAGUCGAUGAGGUGAACUGGUCCACGUGGAACACUAACCUGGGCAUAAUCAACGAGGAGCCUGGGUACAGCACGGGCUUGAAGCGAAACUUGAGUUUUUCUUUUAAGUCUAGCAGAGUUUCAGGGAAAAACUGGAAGACCUUGGUUCCACUUUUGAGAGAUGGGAGCAGGCGAGAAGUGGCACAGAAACAGCCAGAAGAAGCCAAGUUAAAACCCAUUUUGGAACGCGAUUGUGAGCCUGAAGCCUCUGAGGAAAGGAAGGAUUCACUUCCGAAGUCGGCGUAGAUUUUUAUUGUUGUAUUUUGUUCUUAAGAAGGUGGCUAAGUAUAAUUGUUUUUAAGUGUAUUGCCUGUAUUCACAGACCAUGGAUUCGGAGUCCUUUAUGUGAACAGGGCAUUGUGGCUAAAGGACAGAGGACGUUACUGUAUGUAAUGACUUGUAAUGACUUAAACAUGCUGAGUGAACAGUGUGUUGGGUUAAGGCCAUGUUUCCAUGGUUAUUUCCAACAUGUCUGCCAAAAAUUGGUCAUUAAGUCUCUGUGAUUCGUUAGCUAUUAACUUCCAGAUCAACAUCUGAAGGCUCCUUUGAAUUUUCUACGGUACUUCACACAGGCUGGUUAAAAGCAGGAAAUAAAGUAAGUAUUUUUGCCCACACGGAGUUUUCCUCAUCUCCCAGUGGAAAAACUACAAAUGGCCUAGACGAGGGAUCGGCAACCUUUCAGAAGUGGCAUUCCAAGAUUGAACUUAUUUGUGGAUCUGUGCGCCAGAGGAGAGGGCUGGGGGCAGGGGCAGGCUGCAUACAGUGACCAUAUUUUCUGAACCAGCUGCAGC